CGCAAAAAAACAUAUUUAUCUCCUUACGGUUCCGUGAAGGCUCACGACACUGUUCUUUCUUUCUUCAACAUAACUAAGAUUUUCACGACUUUCAAAGGGGAAUCAUUUAGUUUUCAUCAGAUGCUCUCGGGUGAUUGAAAUAUUGGAUCCACCCGAGCAUCCAUCGCAAUUGCAGCUAUGGAAACAACCAAGGUGUAUGUAGUGUAUUACUCGUUAUACCGUCAUGUCGAGAUCAUGGCGAGGGAAGUGCAAAGGGGGGCUAAUUCUGUUCAAGGUGUUGAGGCCACAAUUUGGCAGGUACCUGAGACACUAUCCGAUGUAAUUAUACAAAAGAUGAAGGCGCCAGCUAAAGCGGCAGAUGUACCGGUGAUUAGGCCAGAACAGCUUUUGGAAGCUGAUGGUUUUCUCUUUGGUUUUCCUUCUCGUUUCGGUGUGAUGGCAGCUCAGUCCAAGGCUUUCUUUGAUGCUACUAGUGAGCUGUGGAAAUGCCAAGCACUUGCCGGCAAGCCUGCUGGUAUCUUCUGGAGUACUGGUUUCCACGGAGGAGGUCAAGAACUCACUGCAUUAACUGCUAUAACACAGUUAGCACAUCAUGGUAUGAUAUAUGUGCCUCUUGGAUACACUUUUGGGAGUGGCAUGUUUGAGAUGAAGGAGGUAAAGGGUGGAUCUGCUUAUGGUGCCGGCACUUACGCAGCCGAUGGAUCCCGUGAACCCACCGAGCUAGAGCUCCAACAGGCCUUUCACCAAGGUAAAUAUGUUGCGGAAAUCACCAAGAAACUCAAGAACAAGACAAGCUGAUGGAUAUCAAUAUCCAGAG